GACUUUCUAUAUUCCAAAUUAAAAUUUUGUCGUUCCUAUAAGAGGGCCGUGUAUCUAUCCUAUCCUCGAUCAAGUUAUCAACCAUCUGGAUUAGCUUCUUCCCUUUGUAAAGAUGCAGCCAAAGACUAAAGAGGCCAUAUCCGCUGUAAAUGCAACGCUGUCAUAUUUGGAGAGUCAUGCCCGCAGGAACGAUGUUGACGAGCUCCGGAUCGAGCUGAAAUGGAUGCUGUUCUUUCUGCUUGAAGGCCAAAGAACAGCCCAUGGCCAAUCAGUAGCUGAGUUCUGGUCCUCUGACAUAGAACAACACGCAGUUGCUGCUCUAGAUGAGUGUUCUUAUACUUUUACGGCCGGAGUUAGGACCGCCACUGGAAGACUUGCCCAACUUAGGAAAAAACUGCAACCUUUUGUCACCUGCCUGUGUCCCUAAUGUUAUCCUACAUAUUUACCCGCAGUUCCAUUGUCCAUUCCUGUGUAUUUUUUGUUUGAUUUUGAAACCGGCCGGGUCUGCUGAUUACUUGUGGAAUGCUCUUUCUCUUUUGCUGUUCUCAUUACGAAGUAUCUUUUACAUGAUCUUUUACUUCCAUUAUUCGAAGUAGCUUCAGAUGUGAUGAAAUUUAAUGCGUUGGUUUCUUAUUUUUUUACUUUUAUAUCACACGUCAAAUACUCUAACGGCCUGUAAUUUGGAUUGAGUGUUAGAAAGUGUUAGCAUGGAGGUGUUUGAUGGGAAUAACAGGAUCGUGCUAAUAUGAGAGAAAAACACUUCUAUUACUUUCAAGAAUAGAAAGAAGAGACAUACAAGCUCUAACUAAAAAACUCUCAAAAACAACACCUCACAUAUCUCUUAAGGAUAUUCACAACUCUUCUUGGUUGUGCUAUGAUGAUCUAUUCUAAUUUUACUU